AUGAGGGCGGCACUGGCCGUGUUCUCCUCCGGCAAUGCCCCGCCCCUGCAGCCGCCCCGCAUCUGCAUCCUUGGUGGAGGGUUUGGCGGACUGAACACCGCAGUGAAGCUGGACGGUCUCGUGUGGCCUGAGGGCACCAAGCCCCAGAUCACCCUGGUCGACGCCAAUGAGCGCUUUGUGUUCAAGCCCCUGCUGUACGAGCUGCUGUCAGGGGCGGCGGGGGAGGAGGAGGUUGCCCCCACCUUUGAGAAGAUCCUGCGCCCCACCUCCGUCUCCUUCGUGCGUGGCCAGGUGGAGAGCGUGAACGACGGCCCUGCCACCGGUCCAGAGGCGUCGAGUGGGGGCAGCGUGACGCUGAAGGGCGGCGCCCUCCUCUCCUACGACUGGCUGGUGCUGGCGCUGGGCAGCGAGCCGCGCGACGCCGGCGUGCCCGGGGUCAAAGAGCUCACGCACGGCUUCACCUCCUACGAGGACGUGCUGGCGCUGCGCGGCGCGCUGGUCGCCUUGGCGGGCAACCCCGCGCCGCGCGCCGUCGUCGUGGGCGGCGGCUAUGCCGGCGUGGAGCUGGCCGCCGUGCUGGCGGACGUGCUCCCGCCCGGCGCGGCGGUGUCCCUGCUGGCCUCGGGGUCGGACAUCCUGCCGGCAGCCCCCGCAGGCCAGCGCCAGAUCGCGCGCGAGGCGCUGGCGGGCAAGGGCGUGCGCGUCGUGACGGGUCGUGGUGUGGGCGGCGGGGUCAGGGCCCACCCACGCCCCCGGCGCGGGGCCUCCGGCUCGGCGCCCUUCCCCACCGACGCCGGCGGCGCGACGCAGACCGACGCCACGCUGCGCGUGCUGGGCCACCCCCACGUCUUCGCGCUGGGCGACGUCGCGGUGUGCGCCGAGGGGGCCGGCUCCCCGGGGUCGGGCGUGUCCGCCCCCCCGCGCCUGCCGGCCACGGCCCAAGUGGCGCUGCAGCAGGCGGACUACGUGGCCUGGAACCUGUGGGCGGCCGCGACGGGGCGCCCCCUGCUCCCCUUUGCCUACCAGCACCUUGGGGAGAUGAUGAGCCUGGGCAGCCGGGCCGGGGCGGUGACCCUGCCCCUCCCCAUCCCACCCGCGCUGGCCGACGCGGCGCGCGGCGCCGCGCUGGGACCGCUCCUUCGCGCCGCGGGGCUUUCGGUGCACGGCGACGGCUCCGGCGCGCCGGACCGGCUGUCGCUGGAGGGGCCGCUGGCGGCGGCGGUGCGCCGCGCGGCCUACGCCUACCGUCAGCCCACGCCGGAGCAGCAGGCGCGGGCCGCGGCCGACCUGGCCAAGCGCGCGCUGGGGGACGCGGCGGGCCUGGCGCGCAGCUUCCUGGACCAGGCCGCUAAGGGGCUGAAGAGCGGCGCCCGCUGA